UGGAGUCCGAGUGGGAGAGGCUGACCCUUGCCUUUUCUCGCACGUCUAUGUUCCCCUUUUUUGACAUCGCCCACUACCUGGUGUCGGUGAUGGCGAUGAAGCGUCAGCCAGAUUGGAACAGGUCACCAUUUCUUGAGUUAUCACCAGAUGCUUAUCAUUAAACCUUGGCGUCACUUCAAUUGACAGGAUGCGUACACCACAGAAAAUUCACGUCUGCCAACUCAUGUUCACUUCUGGGCACAUUUUGUUGUGUGGAAUGGUGUGUGUGAAAUAGCCUCUCGUUUUCCCUUGAUCACUGAUGAGUUGAGGACUUUCCUUUUUUUGGAGCAGCAGCAGAGGCCCGGAAGAACCCUUUUUCAAGCUGGUUUACUGCGAUGCUCCACUGCUUUGGUGGAGGAAUCUUAUCCUGUGUGCUGCUUGGCGAGCCUGUAUUGAGGUUUCUUGCAAACAACACUAAUAUAUUACUGGCAUCUGCAAUCUGGUAUAUUAUAUUUUUUUGCCCAUAUGACCUAGUUUCCCAGGGCUAUUCUUUCCUACCUGUUGAAGUCUUGGCUGCCGGAAUGAAGGAAGUGACCAGAACUUGGAAAAUAGUAGGUGGAGUCACACAUGCUGAUAGCUAUUACAAAAAUGGCUGGAUAGUCAUGAUAGCUAUUGGAUGGGCCCGAGGUGCAGGUGGUAGCAUUGUCACAAAUUUUGAACGGUUGGUGAAAGGAGAUUGGAAACCAGAAGCUGACAAAUGGAUGAAGAUGUCCUAUGCGGCCAAGGUUACCCUGCUGGGGUCAAUUAUCUUCACGUUCCAGCACACCAAGCAUCUGGCAAUAUCAAGGCAUAAUCUUAUGUUCCUUUAUACCAUGUUUAUUGUGACCACAAAGAUAACCAUGAUGCUCACAGAGACCCCUACUGUGUCUUUCGCCCCUUUUGAGGACAUGCUGAGCCGGAUGCUGUUUGGCUGGCAGCAGCAGUUCUCACCAUCUGGAAAGAAAAGUGAAACGAAGUCAUCUUUUAAUGGCACUGGUUCAUCCACCUCAAAGCCUACAGCUGAUGCUUCAGAUAAAAUGAAAAAGAAACAUGCUAAGAAGACUGAGUAAAUUUACUUGAUGAACUCUAGAAGGCAAAAAAAUUUUUCUUAUUUCCUCUCAGGUUGUGGUAAAUAUUUCUAUGUAAAUGAUAUGAAAUAAAGAUUAUAUAUAAGGAAUGGAGGUGACAAAAAGAAAACUUCUUUCUGUUUCAGGGAGACUAUCCUUUUUCGGAUUGUAAUUCUUGAGUGUUAAGAGAGUAUCAUGUGAAAUUGUUUUUCUAAGUUAUAUAUAAAAGAUUCUAUUGUGACUAAUAGUUUUAGAUUGAUAAAAGAAGGCUAGAUGUUUUUAAUGUUAGAAAAAGUAAACUUACUAUCAUUGAAAAAUAUUAAAGCCUUUUUGUUUUAUUUAGGUAUUUUCGUAUAUAUUUUUUAUUUGAAUCUAUUUGAGCUUUAGUUCAGGAAAAUUAAACUUUUACUUCACAUUAACAUUAUAGUUCCUAGACAUGGAAAACAAUUCCUGUUUAAUUUUGAGCAGUGGGAAGAGUAAACUUUACCUAAAUCAGUUUAUAUUAUGAAUGAAAAUAAAUUACUAAUUUAUAUCUCA